AUGGGAAAUCCACAAUCCACAAUUGAUUCAUUGAAGGAAUUAAAUUCUGAUCUCGAUCGCCAGAUCACUGAACUUAGAAAGAAGUUUGCCAAGGUCAAGAUUGAGAAUAUAAAAUUAAAACAAGAUAAAGAAAAAAUCGAGCUCAGAUUUGUGGAAUUAGAGCAGAAGGACAAAGAGAAGUCCAUCCUUAUUACUAAAUUGCAACACAAUGUCUCAUUAAUCAAGGAACAGAGCAUGCGGGACAAGAACACAGAGUGUCAUCAAAUUGUCAUUGAUACACAAAAUGCACUUUCUACAAAAGACGUUUCACAAUCUUCGAUAAAUUCUAACCACUUUGUGUCUGCCUCCAGCAAUGAUACACCCGAACAGACAGUCUUACAAUGCGAGAAUAUCCCGAUAUCUAAUAUAACUGAUAACACUUUAAAUUCUAACGAUACUCAUGAACAGAUAAUCUCACAUAAUGAGGAGUCUAACAUAUCUACUCACUUCGUGACUACAUUUGGCAAUUAUGAUUUAUACCAAGAAUCGGUGACCCCCACACCUCCUAUUCCCGCGAAAACCAUAUCAAUGGAAGAGAAAGAAGAGAAUGAAUUUCUGGAUUCAAUGUAUAAGGAACAGGUCAGUAAAGAGAUAAUGGAGAGAAUUAGGAAGAAGAAACUUCGAGAUCAAAACUUAUCUUCAGACAUUUCUUCAUCAGAAGAGGUGGUAUCUGAGUGA